CGCUUACUCGCACAAACACACACUCACUCACUGACGCCGGGGCGCGAUGAGUUAAGGAUGUGAGUCAGGCGGAUUUCUGUGGAAGAAAAUCAGGAACUUCACACUGACGAGAAACGCUUCAUGCCGUAACUUGAAGUGAUUUGAAUGUGCUUCUGAUGAAGGUUUUUACUGGUCUGAUCCCAGCCUGUCGGUGCUGAGAGGGACGCCGGAGUUUUGCGGUUGUUGGUCGGACAGUUUGAAGGCCUGGAAAGAUGCUGGUUGGUGGUGCGUUCACGCUCCUGCUCUUUCUCAUCAGUAGAGGUUCUGCUGGGGAUGUUCUACCUCCAACAAACGUGACCCUGAGCUGCACCAAUCUCAACGUCACAGUCAGCUGGAAGUACCAGGAACGGCAACCACAAACCAGCUUCCGGGUACACAUUACAGGAUCUGCUGGGGAUUAUGAGACCGAAACCACGGACCAUCAGUACGAUCUGAGCCACUUCGUCUGGCAAUCUGAAGAGCGCUACUUGGCCUUCCAUUACGUCACUGUAACAGCCAUAGAGGGCGGCAACCAGUCCCAAUCAGUACAAUCUGAAACGCUCACCUUUAACAAGUUAAAGUAUGCUCAUAAAACAUGUCCAUUGGAUUUCCCUCCUGCGGAUCUGAAUGAGAAUGAUUCUGGGGCCACAGUCAGUUUUGUGAAUCCCCUUUACUUCUACAGAGAACUGAAGGAGGUUGGCAAACCGAAUGCUGUCACCUUUAUAUACAAUGUCUUUUCAGAUGGAGCCUUGAAGUCGGGACCUGCUGAGUGCACAGCGGCACAGGAACACUGCAAACAUGAUGUCUCAUUUCCUGAGGGUGUUGAGAAGUGCGUCAACUUGAGUGGAUGGCUGAAUGCCGGGAAUAAUGUUGGUGGGGUGGUGUUCAGAGAGAGCGGCCGCAUUUGUCUCAGUGAAUCAACUGAGCUCCAUGCUGUAGCGCUUACUGUAAUGCUGUUCAUCCUCGCCAUCGUAAUCAGUGUGAUAAUAAUUAUCAUCUAUCAGGCAAACGCCUGGACAACGAAGAUACCCAGUUUACCCGAACCUCUGAUCUCAGAACCACACCCCAGGGAACGGGACAUGUAUGCUCAUAUGUCCCACGAACACUUCAGUCAGGUGAUUGUCAGCCAGCCCUGCAAGAACCCGUCAGUCAGCUCUGAAGAGGAGAACCAUCUCAUGGAGAACUUGGACAGCAGCGCCGGCUCCAGUUUCCAGCAUGAUGGGUUGUACAUGGAGGGAGGACGUUCAGAGGGAUACGGGAGAGGUGAUGACUCUGAAAACAGCUCAGUGAAAUCAGAGACUGAUUCGACUGGUUUGGAGGAGGAGGAGGAUGAGGAAGAGUUGGAGGAGGUGUCACCCUACGACUGCCCACACACUCUGCAGGUGGACAUGGGUGAUGGAGACAUGGUCACAGCUUACAGCAAGAGGUAAAGGAGGACUUGAUCUGGGAUUGAAGGUCGUUUCAUGACGGUUUUAACUCAUCCAGGACCGUCCUCACAUGUUCAUACCUCGGGUGCACUACAGAGACUAAACAAGUGCCCUAAGGGAGGUGGUGCUCAAGAGACGCUCAUACCUUCUUGCUUCUGACUGCUGUGAUAAAAACGCAUUGACCUACAUGUUUGAGGAUAUUGUCGGUUUGCCUUGCUGCUGCAUUUGGAGGUAAUCAGAGGAAGAAUCAAAACGGAAAAAGCCCAAUGCUUUUCUACAAAACAAAGAAGAUGAAAAAAAUACUCCUGCCUGUCAUGCAUUUUGAAGAAGCCUUUCAUGAACAUGAAACCUCAGCUACAUUUAUAACCUCUUUAACUUUUAUUUUAUGAGAAGAAACUGUAGUUAACGCUGCUGUUUUAAUCGGCUAAACAAACCGGUGAUCUUCCAGUCACUUGCCAGCUGUUUUCUGUCUGGCUGCAGAGGUAUACAGCUCUAUCUUUUACCCUCAGCCAUCUCUGCUCCUGCGGCAUUUUAUCAGAUGCAGCAGUGCAGACCAGUUGCUUCAAAACACCAUCCGGAAAUUUUUCAUCUCAAAGAAAACACGCUUCAAAAGAAGAACAAGUUGAACGAGUGCUUUCUGUUGUCUUUAAAUAUCGGCUGAAACUUGUUGUAUGUGUGGCUGUUAUUCAUGAAGGGAAGGAGCUCCAUUUUUUUUAUCUUCACCAGCAUGUAUGGUUUUGUUUUGUUUUUAAAGGAAAGUUCACCCAAAUGGCACACAAAAAAGCAUUGUCUCACUUGCAUCAAGUGGUAUUUAAAGGUUGUCUUUAAGUAUCGGUUGAAACUUGUAUGUGUGGCUGUUUUUCAUGAAGGGAAGGAGCUCCAUUUUUUAUCUUCAUCAGCAUGUAUGGUUUUGUUUUGUUUUUAAAGGAAAGUUCACCCAAAUGGCACACAAAAAAGCAUUGUCUCACUUGCAUCAAGUGGUAUUUAAAGGUUCUGUAUAAGUUUGGAUGGUGUCAUGGUAUACCAGGGUAUUUAGAAAUAUGAUAAUAUGAUUUUUAAUACUGUCAAAAAUACAGACACUCAUCUUUCUAUUGUCCUCAUAUGAAUGAGACAAUAAACUGAGGAUUUUUUGUAUGUAGUGCACAUCAUAUGCCACCUAAGGUCAGUCUGGUGGGACAGGCAGCUGAGCUGACAAACAUGGCGACUGCAAGUGGUGGGGAUAACAUAACAGGACUGUAACAGCUGCAACCGUCCAGAUGUAUAAUAAUAACUAGACCUGAUCGGUCAAACGGAAUUGCUCGCUAGGAUGGAUUUCUAUGUAAAGUUUUCAAAUUGUUGGAAAUUCAAAAGGAUGUGACGUCAUGCACACUGCCGAGUGCCUUGACUCUUGAGCUCCACUACAGUGCAAACACUGUGCAGUAGUAGCUGACAUAAGUUAGAAAAGGAGUCCACUAAUAUCAACAAAUGACCAGCAUCCACCACAGCACAGAGUCAAACACGCUGUGUUUUCGUGAUAUAAAUUUGCAGCGGUGGCCCGGCAGAGACGGACCUUUACUUGCACUUGCGCUGGCUGAAUUUGAGCUGCUACAGGAGGUGACUGAAGGUCCGUCUCCGGAGCUGCCGUCAGUUCUCCUCCUGGCGAAGUUGUCUCCGAGCAGUGGGGUUGAGUUGGAGGGACCAUGUGGUGCGCUCGCUAAUUCUUGUUUCAUUUGUGGUCUAACAAACAGUAAAUUCAUCAAAUUCAGUUCCCCUCGAUGCAGGAAAAUCACAAAGUUAACACUAACGUGAAAUAUGUGGGUAUAUUGCAAUAAUGUGCUAACACAGACGAAUUGCUAGCUUGGCAAUGUAGCAAAAUACUGUCUAGAGUGAUUAACAUGAUCCAAUUCAUCCAGAUUCCCGGGGCUGGUUAGCAAAUUACUUAGAUAACGUCACAAAGCAGCCAGCAACAGAUCCAUGCACUGAAGAUAAGUUACAUAUAGCUGGGCGGUCUAUUACCUAACCAGAACCCAAGGUUAGCCAGCUAGCUGUACAUUACAUCAGCUGAUUAAGUCAUUUGUUAACAGAGAGCUAGUUAAAAUCAUGGAGUCAGUGGUCCAAAUGAGAUAAACAGAUUUGGCUGAUGCCCAAAUGCUCGCUCUGGGGCUCGCUGGCCACCAGAGUUAUUAAUAACAACGAUUUUCUUCAAGUUACAUACAGAACCUUUAACCAUGUGGAUAGGUCUGGUUGUAUAUUUGGUGUAAUAUUCCUGCUAUCGUCACAGUAAACAAGGGUGAAUUGAAUCCGUUUUUAGAAUCAGUGGUCCACAAAUGAUAAUCCACAGAACCAACUGUCACAGGGACUUUUUCUUUGGUAGAAAGUAGUUUUAAUGAAAAAUAUUUAUGGCAAAGAUCUGUGGAUUGUUCACCGCAAAUGUGGAAACCUAUUUAUGCAAAGAGAUGUUGAGUCUUUUUGAGCAUUUGAACCUCAAAUAUUAACCUUUAAGUACCACUACAGGUAAAUAAGAAAAUAUGUUUUCUGGCGUUUGGGUGAAAGACUCGUCCUGGGUGUUCCGAGCAAGCUUGAGUGUUUCGUUUUGAAUGUUGUUAAACUGAGCACCUCAUACAGUCUGGACUUUCCACUCCUAGCAGCAGAUUGACAUGCAUUAUAAAUAUCUUUCAGUCAUGUUGUUAUGUGCCACACCUAAUUGCUUGGCUUUGAGCUACAGUUAACACUCAGUGUUUCCAUUCUGUUAUUGAGCAACCUGGGACCUGCUUAACUGGUUUUGUGUAGGCGAUGUGAGGGAGUUUUUCUGUUGUUCAAGAUGAUUGGUUUGUUUACAGUAAUUCAGGGUUUUUUCUAUUUUAUUUUUUAUUGUGGCAAAUUUAACCUUGUUAAUAAAUUCUAUUUUACAAUAA